AUGCAAGACAGGUCUAGCCAGAUUCUGGCAGUAUGCGUCAUCUUCUUGGUUCUCUCUUGGAUAUCUGUGGGGCUACGAGUAUACGUGAAAACUCGAGUGCUGAACCAGGUCGGAUGGGAUGAUGGAGCUAUGCUCGCGACUUUGCUUCUCUUCACAGGAUACCUAAUAUGUCAGCUCGGCAGUCUUGCACAUGGAAAUGGUAGACGUCGUGAGACGAUGACAGAUGCCACAGCUCAGAUCGGUCUUAUGUACUGGUUCUUCUGUGAGCUCUUCUACACUUUGGCGACAUCGAUGCUCAAGGUCUCCAUUGGCCUGUUCUUCCUGCGGAUUGCAAACAACAAAUGGCAUGUCCGGAUUAUCAAGCUUAUCAUGUACUGCAGCGGAGUACUUGGUAUUACCUACUUCUGCAUUGUGCUAUUCCAGUGCAAGCCUAUUUCCUUCUGGUGGGAUCUUGAUCCGAAUCAUCAUGGUCAUUGUUUGAGCGCUUCGGUCAUGGCCGACACCAGUUAUGUGGUCUCAGCAUUGAAUUCGGUGGCGGACUGGGUCUUCGGCAUUCUACCCAUCUUUAUCGUGAAGGACUUGCAGAUGCAUCGUCAUCAAAAAGCUGUGGUUGCAGUCAUUCUGGGCUUCGCUGCAGUAGGAAGUUCUGCGACCAUAAUUCGACUACCUUACGUCUGGACCAUCAAGGAGUACAAAGGCGAAUUCCUCUGGCGAACGGCUGAUGUGGCCAUCUGGACCACAGUCGAGGUCGGAAUCGGAAUUACUGCUGGUAAUCUGGGCACUUUGCGACCACUUCUACAAAGGUUCAUGUCUUUGAUGGGUAUCUCGAGCUCGACCGCGCAAAACUCAAGGACUUGGAAGCGCAACAAGAAUGGCAAUCAUGUCUACACCAAUAGUGGGGCCACAGCCUUGGAAGACUUUGCCGGCAAAGGAGCCACCAUGAAGACGACGGUCACAAUUCGUGGAGGUGCCGAUUCUGAAUGGGCCGGAGUGUCGCGGACGGACAGCGAGGAGGAGAUCGUACCGAACUCGAAUAAACUCCAUGAGGGUGGUAUCCUCCACAGUGUUCAAAUCGAUACAUUCGAGGAGAGGAUACAAAGUCGUGGAGGCGAAGAGGAGAGAAUCGGGGCUGGAAACACCUCACCACGGCCGAUACAGGCUUACGAGCGAGUGUAG